UCCUACAUUGAGACGAAUGAGCUUGAUUGGUGAAGAAGCAUUGGUGAGGGUAAGCGUCUAAAGGGGACUAGAGCAGUUAAGUCGACAGUUACGCAAAAGAUUUUCGCCGUGAUGGAUCGUUGGAUAGGAAAAGUCGCGAUAAUCACUGGAGCAAGCGCUGGAAUAGGUGCGCAGAUCACGAGAGCACUCGCAAAAAAUGGAAUGAAAGUGAUCGCUGUAGCGAGAAGACUGGAAAAGCUAGAGGAAUUAGCGGAGAGUAUCAAACAUGAGUUUAACACUGAAGUGUAUACAAUGCAAUGCGACGUCCGAAAAGAAGAGAAUAUCCGUAAGGUGUUCAAAUGGGCGGAGGAAAAAUUUGGUGGUACUGACGUAAUGAUCAACAAUGCUGGAGUGGUUUCGACCGAAACGAUUAUAGAGGGAUCAACAGAGACAUAUCGCGAAAUAAUGGACGUGAAUGUGAUUGCAUCAGCGAUUUGUUCGCGGGAAUUAGUGCAGUCCGUCAAAAAGCGAAGAGCGUCGGGUCAUAUCAUUAAUAUUAGUAGUAUAGCCGGACAUAAUGCUCAACAAAUCACUCAACCAGUGAGUUUAUAUUGCGCCAGUAAAUUUGCUAUCACUGGUAUGGCAGCGAGUUUAUGCAAUAAACUAAUAAAUGCAAAUAUCGACGUAAAAGUCACGAAUGUUAGUCCUGGUGCGGUGAGAACACCUAUGUUAACGGAAAGCUACGGCUUAUCUGACGCUAUCUCGAACGGCCUUCUUGGAGUCCUGGAAGACAAGGAUGUUGCAGACGCAGUAGUCUAUAUUCUGAGUACGCCACCCUACGUACAGAUAGCGGAAGUUAUACUGACGAUACAUGAAGCUGCAUUUACUUCAGAGAAUGUUAAACGGUCCACGACAAAGUAAUAGGUAAUACGUAUCAUCGAGUGUUUAGCAGUCAUAUGUCCUUAUAAAAUAAAUCAAGUGGAGGGAAAUUUUGAUUUUUCAUUAUACUCUUGAAAUAAGGAGAUAAAUAAUAAAAAUAAGAUAACUGAAAAUGUACAGUGUACAUAACGUGUUGGUAGUGAAUAUCGAAACGCAGGCAUAAUUGAAAAGGAAGCAAGUUAAUACGUUUAUUGCAAUUUUAAUAGUGAUUAAUUACAGCCUUAGCUUCUGUACAGCUAUACUUGAAAAGUUGUUUGCGUUAUGGAUUACUUGUCGAGAAUAAAAUUAUUCCGCUUCAUCUACGUACCAAAUACUUGAUAAAUGAUUAAGAGAUUAUCAUUAAAAUAAAAAUAUGUAUAUAUUCAUUACUCGGAUUAAAUCGACAUUCUUUAAGUAAUCGAGUAUUUUUAUUUCUCUGUAGAGUUACGCAGAGUACAAUGCUAUUAUAAUCAUACACGUGAUGCAUCUUUCUGUAAUAUAUUAAUAUAUCUCUCGUUAUACGUUUACAUUUCAUUACAUCACAUUGAAUGGACAUGGUGCUGAAGUUGCCGGUUAUGUACAGAUUGUUUAAAUUGUGCUGAAAAAUAAAUCGAGAAUGUACAAUUGUAAUCCGCGGUGACACAUUUAGAAACGAUUAGUAUAUGUAUAAUGGCGCGAACGCAUCGUCUACUGAGAUUUACAAUUAAUCGAGACUAAGGAGAUUACGAAUAGUAAUACGGACUGCUAAUUCGAGAGAAGUAAAGAGAGACUUAAGAAAAAAAGAAAUUUGUGUGUGUGUGUAUUUUAUCUUAAGAGUUAGUAGUAUUGGUCGAGUAUUGUUGAAACGCCUUUGUCAUCCUGAGCGAUAUCGCGAAAUUGUCGCUCGUCUCGUCGAACUACUCAAUUAACUAAUCAUUCGUUUAUACCAAACAUAUUUUGGAAGGUGCUUUGUCUCAAAGCGUAAACGUGCUUGCGAUACUGUUAAAUAUCAGCAUCACUGAAUUCAUUCUCUCUCUCUCUCUCUCUCUUUCUUGUUCUCUCCAUUCUUGAUUUUAAUUAUCUUGUAUUAUCGCGCAUAUUGCGUCAUAAGGAAAGGCCAAUGUUAAUUUAAAGAGACUUCUAGACAAUGAAAUGACCGAGCCACGUGAAUAAAUAAAUGCGUGUGCGUCCGUAGAAUAGAUUUAGCCUACGAUCUGUCAAGUUAAAGGUUCAACAAUGCAUUUCGUCUUUCAUAUCUUGAGAAUAAGUUUAUAUCAUACAUCUUUAUGUUAUGAUCGAUUUUAUUUACGUGACUGGUCAAUAAUUUCUCUUAUGCAAUCGUGGUUUUAAUGUACUUUAAUUCUAUCACGCGUUUUGGCCCCUCGUCCGCUGCAGAAAAACAAUUCAAUUGUACAUACACAUCCGGCGCACAGCCAUUGAUUAACGUCUGACUCUUACGAAACAACUAAUUGUAAGCUAACUUUACAGUUCGUAUCCUUGAAAUAAAGCAAACAUUUGAAGAAAAA